AUGGCUUCCGAGGUUUCAAAUUCCAAUGGAAUCCCCAAGUCCCGAGCCGCCAUGCUGGAGGAACAGCAUGCACGGGACGAGGCGCACAAGGCUACCGUGGAGGAGGUUCCUGAUGAAGAGGAGCUGAAGCACGCCUCUGCGUCCACGGGUCUGGAACAGCCGUCCGCUACUCUGUCGCAGAUGUCGACCCCCGCCGAAACCCCCGCCCCCUCGGCUCCCAAACCGGCGCCGAAGAAGGGCCCCGCCUUUGAUGUACAGUCUGAAGAGCUGUUCCCCGCCUUGGGAAGCGGCCCGAAACCCAAGGUGCCUACGGCGUCCGCGUGGGGUGCCAAGGGCACUUCCGGGGCUGCCGCCGUUGCAAACGGCGCUCCCGGUGGUGCGCAAUCUGUUGCCGGUGGGUUCGGCUCCGAUGUACCGAGAAUCAUGAGCCUUCCUGGUAAGCAUAUGGAGCAGCUUCGACUGGCUCCUUCUCAGAUGCUCCCACGGGGCCAAUUGAAGAAGCCCCUCCGUGAUAUUCUGCGUGACAUCUCGCGGCGAUCGAAGGCCACCGUUGAUAUGCGUGGCGGCCCCGGGGGCUCGAUCAUCUUCGAGGGUAAAGGGUCUGUGGAUGCGGUCCGACAGGCGCUCAAGGAGGUCGCGCAGCAGGUUGGAUCCAAGCAAUCCGUUCGUGUUCCCAUCCCGACGUCGGCUCGCCCUCACAUUAUUGGCCGGCAAGGAGCCGUUGUCCAGGACAUCCAGCAGCGGACAGGUGCUCGCGUGCAGGUUCCCCGGGUGGAUGAUUCUGCAGCCGGCCAGGAUGACGAUGACAGUGAUACCAUUGAUGUCUUCAUUGAAGGUGAUGCGGUCGCGGCGGAAAUGGCUCGUCGUGAGAUCGAGGCCAUUGUGAAGGAGCGGGCGUCUAACAUGAGCCUGCGCCUGAAGACCAUUCCUCCCGAAUUCUUCCCGUUUAUUGCCGGCGCCCACAAUGAGAACCUGAAGGGUAUCGAAGAGCGCACCAAGGCUCAAAUUCAUGUGCCCCGCUAUGAUACCUGGCUCAGCCAGCCCCCGCCCCAGGAGGCUGACCCAGGCCAUGUGCAGUUUGUGCCAAUUCCUGAGAGGCACAUUCACAUCUCCGGUGAGCGCACUGCCGCUCAAGAAGCCCGCGCAGAGAUCGAGCGUCUUGCUGCGGAUCUCCAACGGCAGUUGACUCUCCGCCAGCUGGCCAUCAACCGUGGGCAACACCAAUUCAUCCUUGGAGAUAACGAUGACGCGCUGCACGAGUUUCUGGCUGACACUGGUUGUGCGAUUGUGCUCCCUCCUCCUUCGGACGACAGCGAAUUCUUGACCAUCACUGGCCCCUUGGACCGUAUUGAGAGUGGUAUUAACCGUGCUAUGGACCUUGCUACCAGCAUGCAGAUGGCUAGCAUUGACCUGUCGCGUCAACACCCUAAUGCACCGUCUGGUGCUCAUGCCCAUGCCCGUGCUCUCACUCGUUACUUGACCCAGAGACAAAUUAUUAAGGACCUGGAACGCGCCUAUGAUGCCCGGAUCGCGCUCCCCCCGAGCGUCGAUGGCCCCGUCACCUGGGAGGUUUACUCGAGAGAUGGUAAGAACACCAUCCGUGCUCGGUCUGAUAUCAUGAAUCUCGUCCAGGCGCAUCCUCCGGCUAGACUCCUUCACGUGUCGGUCGAUCCCUACUUCCACCCGUACCUGCGUUCUCGGAGUAUCUCCAAGCUCCGGAACGACUAUGGCGUUCACCUGCUUGUUCCUGAGAAUCUUGAAGAUUCCAAUGUGGUCCUUGUCUAUGAGGGCCCGUCCGCCACUACCCCUGAGUUCCAGGUCUCUCGCCAGCGUCCGUCCCCCGCGGAAAUUGCUACCUUCGAGAAGGUCCUCAAGGAAGCCCAGGAUUAUCUUUUGAGUGCCCUGGGUGACCAGACCGAUGUUGUCGCCAAGUCUGUAAACAUCCCUGCGAAGUACCAAGAGAAGGCCCGCAAGUUCAUUGCCCGCGAACAGCAGGCCAAGGGCGACGACCACAUCCCCGUCCGUGCAAUCGUUGGCGAUCCUCGGGGGCGCCCUGGCGAGUGUGAAGUCUCCCUGCGUGGUCCUUCUGGGCUUGUGGCGGAGCUCAUUGCCAAGCUCCAGUCUUUUGUUGUGGAGCAGGAGAAGGAUGACCUGGAGCGUGGGUACACGACGUCGUUCGACUUUCCCCAAAAGUAUGCCAACUUCCUCAUUGGAAGACGGGGUGAGAACAUCAACAAGCUUCGCGACGAAUUCGAUGUUGAUAUCAAGGUUGAGAACGGCAAGGUCGAGGUCAAGGGACCCAAGGCGAAGGCCGAUGCUGCCAAGGUCCGGAUCAUUAACCUUGGAAAGAAGCUCGAGGACGAGACGACGCAUGUCCUCAAGGUGCCUGCUCAGUACCACCGGGAGUUGAUUGGCCAGAAGGGCUCCCAGGUCAACCGCCUCCAGGAUCGCUAUGCCGUCCGCGUGCAAUUUCCCCGUGCGGCAGCGAUUGCGGAUGACCAGUCCGUGGAUAACUCGAGCGAGGCGGGUGGCUCUCGCCCCGCUCGUGGACAACAGGGUGCGGAUGAGGUGAUUGUUAAGGGCCCCAGCAAGGGUGCUGACGCUGCUCGCGAUGAAAUCCUCAGUCUGUUGCAGUGGGUCAUUGACCAUUCGUACUCCGCCACGGUAUCCGUAGCCCAGAGCCAAAUUCCCUCUUUGAUCGGCCAGCGUGGCCGCGAGAUGGACAAGCUCCGGGCAGAUACUGGAGCUCAGAUCGAUGUCCCUAGUGCUAACGACGCCCCUGAUGCCUCGGGUCGUGUGGAGAUCAAGAUCAAGGGUACCAAGAAGGAGGUGGAGGAAGCCAAGAAGAUUCUGCAGCAGCGUUCCAAGGAGUUCGACUCCAUUGUGACCAAGACGAUUGAUGUCGACAAGAAGCACCACAAGUCCCUCAUUGGUGGUGGUGGUGCCAACAUCCGCAAGAUUGUUGCUGAUGCCGGCGGUCCUACUGAUGGCAGCGCAUCCCGUCUGGUCAAAUUCCCCCGCCCGGACAGCGCCGAAUCUACCAUUAAGCUGGAGGGUAACGGACAAAUCGUGGACAAGAUCAUUGCUGCUAUUGAGGCAUUUGUCAAAGAACGCGAAGAUCAGGUGACCGUCAACCUGGAAGUUCCUCCUACUCAGCAUCGCCUGCUCAUUGGUCGUGGCGGCGACACGAGACGCGGCAUUGAGACCCAGUUCAAUGUCACGCUUGACAUCCCCAAGCAGGGCUCUGGCCGCUCUGAUGUGAAGCUGAAGGGACCCAGCAACGCGGUUGAGGAGGCGAAGCAGCACAUCCUGUCCAUGCUCAAGGAUCAGCAGGGUGAGACUAUCGAGGUUCCCCGCCAUCUGCACCACGUCAUUUCUGACAACGGCUCGUUCUUCCGCCGUCUCCGCAACGACUAUCAAGUGACGGUGGAUCAUGCUGGUCAGCAAGCUCCCCCGAAGCCUGUCGCUGACGACUCCCGGGGUGCUGUCAAUGGAGCCUCCUCGCUUCCCUUGAUCACGGACGAGCCCAGUGAGGCCGUCGAGGCUCACUCGUGGAAGGUUGUUGACAACACCCCUGCGGCUGCGGACCCGAGCCAGCCUGCUACCAUCCCCUGGGUGCUUGCCGGCACGAGCGACAAUGUCGCCAAAGCCAAGGCCGCACUGGAGAAGGCGAUUGCCUCUGCGUCGCAGCAAUCUGCUACUGGAUACCUGAUUCUCCCGGAUCCGAAGACCUACCGAUUCGUUGUUGGCCAGGGCGGCAGCCAGAUAAACUCGAUUCGCAAGCAAACGGGUUGUCGCAUCAAUGUGCCCAAGGACCAGGCCAAGGGUGAAGCCAUUGAGAUCAAGGGCAGCAAGGAGAACUUGGAUGCGGCUCGCGAUCUGAUUCUGGAGGCCGUGCGGGCUGGCCUGGAAGGUAACUCUCGGUGA